AUCACCUUUAUCAAACACAACUUCUGAAACCAAGAAAUAAGCUUAGGCUUUUUAUCUUCACAGCAACUUAUUGUUUUCUGUGUUCAGACUACUAAGUGAUGGAUUACACCUCUUUUAAUUUCGAAGAUAAUGGAGAUCUUUUCAAACUGAAUACUGAUACCGUCAAUAACGACACGAACAACAUAGAUAGUACAGCCAAUGUGAAUUUCGUGAAUCAGCCUCAUUCAUCUACUACUUCUGAAAGUCAUUCUAGCUCAGUAGACUUCUUCAAUUUUCUUGAUGCUACAGCUACUUCUGACGGUAAUAACAGUAUUAAUAAUCAGAAUAUGAUUACUGCUUUUAGCAGUGUACCUCAAUUAAGUCCAGAUGCACAACAAGAUGGCAAUAUUGGCACUUAUACUGAUAGCAGUGUAUUAUCGGGACAUAAUCCAGAGUAUACAAUGUCUCCUCUGCAGAUAGCAACACAACAGAAUAGCAUCGUUGUACAGCAACAGCAAAUACAGACACCAUCAGAAGAGCAAACAUUUCAACAUCAGUUCCAUACUCCUUUGCAGCAUCCUUUGAGUAAUCCCAUCUCACAUACACCAACAACCUUCGAUGAUCUUUUGGAUGAUGAUGAGUUUUUCACACCGCUCGUUUCACCAGCUAUUGCACCUUCUUAUGACCAUCAAUUUCAAUUCGUAAACACUCCCAACAUGACGGCAACAACGCCUGCCGCUGCUGCCGCCGCUAUUAAUGUGUUUUCACCACUUUCCUCACCUGCGUUAAACCCUUCCAACACAAAUAUUCAAAGCCAUAACUUCUUGAAUCAGAAUGUUAAUAGUACUUUAUUGGAUCAAAAUACGUUACAACAGAAAUUAGCAUUUAUUGAAAGGCAGCAACAACAAUUAAGAAGCAUGCACCAACAAAUCCGACAAUCAAGUGUUAGUUCUGCUACUGUUGCGGAUACUACUACUGCUAAUACGUCUACACCUACAGUUCCAACUGGGAGUGGUACUGCUACCAACAACAAUAAAAGGAAAUCGAUGCAUAAUAGUCCAAGAUCUUUUACUGCUCCCAGCAACAAUAAACAAUUGGCAUCUAGUCCGCUAGCUUUAAAACCACGCAAUGCUAUGAGUAACAAAUCAGCUGCCAUUGCACCUGCUACACCUUCUUUAUUGAUGAAAUUAGGUUCUGGAGGAGGAGGAGUAGCCAAUACGAUCAACCAUGCCGCAUCUAAUUCCCUGUCUCCCUUAGCUCAAUCUGCAAUCACAAUGCCCACCACUGUUACCUCGCCCAUGUCUUUACCUUCCUCUACACCCACUUCAGCUCUUCCUGCCAAUGUAAUGUCUUCAUCUGCCGCAGUAGACAACAUGUCUUCGCUACCGGCUGCUAUGUUGUCUGAACCACCUAAAUCUGCGCCUUUACUACCCACGAACCCAAAGAUACCCAAACAAAAAUCAAAUGCAACAACGACAAAACGUCGACGCAUUUCUUCCAAUACAUCCAUCAGUAAAAUACCAGCAUCAACUGCCACUUUCUCCUCUCCUGGUUUAUCUCCCAAUCCUUCUCAUGUUCAGUUUUCACCAUUAGGUCCUCGACCUACUGGUAGUAAUGUUACUAACAUGCAUCAUUCACCUCGUACUUUGAAACCACUCAUAUCUCCCUCUUUGCAACCAAACGGCAAACGCUUGUCAACGAUAGAAGAAGAGACGGCUCGUGCGCUUCUGACAACUAAAUCGAACUACGAAAACUUGAAGGAAGGUACAGCGAAACAUUUAGGCAUCGACUUCAAUACGACUAUCCAAUCGGGCAUCGAAAAUAGAAGGUCAGCGCAUAAGGCAGCUGAGCAGAAGAGAAGAGAUACUUUGAAGCAGAGUUUUGAUUCAUUAAGAGUGGAACUCAUUGAUGCUUUUCUCGAGGAUGAUUUGACUGAGGAUGUAGACGAACAAAUAGGAAUUGGCAAAAAUGAUGAAGAUGAAGCUGAUGAGUUUGAGGAGAAGAAGGAAGAAGAAGAACAAGGGAAUAAGAAUGAAGGAAGUAGACUGAAAGACAACUCAAAUAACAAGGAGAAGAAAGUUACUGAAAUCGAUAAGAUUGAAGCAACAGUUACUAUCGUCAAUGAUGAUGGCACUGAAGAAGACGGCAACAAAGAAGACCCCCAGCCUGUUACGAAGAAGAAAAAGUUAACUAUUGAAGAGCAAAGAUUGGAGAAGGAAAAAGAAGUCAAGCAAAUGAGUAAAGUGGUCUUAUUACAGCACUCUUACGAAUAUAUAUUGCGACUCAAAAACGAUAAGAAGCGGAAAGAUGAAAAAUUGAAAAGAGCAGUAGACGAAUUGAGAUUGUUACGGAAGCAGUUAGGUUUACCAGAAGUGACAGAAGAUGAGAAGCUUGAAAGGGAACGUGAGUUAAAAGAUAUUAGAGAGCGAAGAGAAGCGAGACGUAAACAACAACAGUUACAGUUAGAGCAGCAGAAAGCGAAAGAUAAAGAAGCUCAAGCAAUAGCAGCAGCAGCAGCAACUAAUACCUGUAGCUCACUUGAAGACAAGGAGAAAGGCAAGCAGAAGGAAUAAGCCUUUAAUGAAGUUUAACCACAUUUAACAAAAAAAACAAACCAGAACUAAUCUACAUUAAUCUAUAUCCUUAAAUAUAAUUUUUAUUCUUUAACUUAUUUUGAUA